UCUACAGUUGCAUGGUGGUUUAACUUUUUUACCGCUUAAUCUUUCGUGAAGAGCCUGUGUUACAGGAUAAUAUGCAAGUGCAAGAUAGACACAAAAAAAAAAAAAAGAGAGAGAGUGAGAGAGAGAGAGGAGAGUGAAAGAAAAAGGGAAAUCAACCAAACGAAGGAGGGAGAGAGAAAAGAAUGGAGAGGAUUACGAGCGGUAUAAUUAAUACUGUGCCCGUUCAUUGUGAUUUUCUAUUUUACUUGCCUUUCCCUUUAACAGCAAGUCUGAAAUCAUUACACGUUUAAUUGAAAGUAUUAAAUUUUCAUUACCGUUAUGGGCACCAAGAGAAUCACUUCCUAUGUAGCUGUGUGUGUGUGUGUGUGUGUGUGCUUGUGUUCUUAUUUAAUUAAUCUUUCAAUCAGUCCUCCAAUCCCUUUCGUCACUCGUCUCUCUUUCUCUCUCUCAGUCGAUUAUGUUGCUCCGCAAAUCCUUCAAGGCGUGCGCGUGCGAGCGCGCGUCAGUCUGCACGCGACACUGACUGACGACACACCGCCGCCCCAGCUUUGCACCACCGAGCAAACAAACUCCGCCAAGCUCAAGAAAGCCGACUGAUCACCCACGUUCCGGUUGACUGGCCAGCACGUGACACUCCCCGUCUUGCACGCAGCGCAUCCAUUGCUUCAUUAACACUAAAAAAGUCUUACUGCGCACUGAGUCGGCUGUGGACUGGGAUGACAAUCAGUCAGGUAGGACAUGACCGGUGGAUAUCAGGUGGUUUGAAGUCUGGGGACAUUACUACAUACACACUUGUCACCAGACCCUCCACGUCUCGUGCUGUGGUGUCCCGUGGAAGUACUUCUGGUUGGCGAGGAGGACGUUGACAAGCUGAGAGAGUUUACACUGUGAGACAGAAAUCUGAUGGGAUUGUGUUUUCUAGGAAACAGCUCGGAAUAAAGUCCCCUGUUUGCCUGUGAGCACACCCAGUGCCCUCCCCAUGAACAAGUUGGAACAAGUUCACCAUCGCACCACUCGGCUGUGGGAUCACGGGUGAGACGCAAAUGCCUCGAAAGUUCCACCUUUGUGGGGAGACUGUAAGAUAACAAAGAAUGGAACAUGUUGAAGGGGAAAGUAGGCCAAAGCUGACGGAGACGUUGUCAUGGUGAUCUUUUGUGACGGAAACCCCCGCCGCUUGCUCUCUGUCCAAGUACGAGAGUACCGUUAUUGACGUCACGGUAGUGUCCUGAUGGCGCACACUUCUGCCAGCGUCGAGGAUUGGCUGGACGCCAACCCUGAUGUCAUGGCCGACUAUUUCCUUCGCAAGGCCGACAUCGGCCUCGUCAACCGCUGGCUCACGCAGCACGGGCUGAACGCGCUGCCGGAGAUGUCCCCGGUCAUCGGCAAGCACGUGUCGUUGUCGGCUGAUAGCAGCGCCCCCUCUUCCCCCGUGGACACCCGCUUCGGGGAGUCCGGGUUCUUCGAGUCCCGCCACCACCGGUCCAACUCCAAGAAGUACCUGCGGCAGGACUUCGCUCGCUCCAAGAUGAAGAACAUGUUCCGGACGUACGAGCCCACCCCGGAUAGCAGUGCGGAGUCCCGCCGCAGCAGCCUGAAGGAGAUGCGACAGUUUCGCUCCCUGCCUCCCACCUCCGUCAACAUGCUGAGCCUGCUGAUUCAGUCCAAGGUGCGCCUGCCCAGGUACCCCAGCAAAGACAUCGACCACAAGCGCGAGCUGCGCUACACCAACGAGCGAGCGUUUUUUCUGGAGAUUGUCAAGGAUAUCUCCAACGAUCUUGACCUCAAGUCGCUGAGCAGCAAGAUGGUGGCCAACAUGUGUUGCCUGACCGACGCCGACAAGGCUUCGCUGUUCCUGGUGGAGGGUCGACAUGGUGGGCGACCAUCCCUCGUGUCCAAAAUUUUUGACGUUCACGCGGGGACUAGCAUCCUGCCGUCCACCUCGGGGGACACCCGCAUCCCUUGGGGCCAGGGGAUCAUAGGACACGUGGCGCAGACCGGAGAGAUGGUCAGCCUGCGGAACGCGAUGGAGGACCCUCGCUACAAUGACGAGAUUGCCCAGAUGACAGGCUACAAAGUGGAAUCCCUCCUGUGUCACCCCAUCAGAAACGCCGAGGACGAGAUUGUGGGUGUGGCUCAGCUUCUCAACAAAACGACUGGAGAUGGCUUCUUCAACCAAGAUGACGAAACGCUUCUGGCAACAUAUCUGACCUUCUGUGGUAUAGCGAUAUACAAUGCUCAGCUUUUUGAUGCUUACAGCAAGGAAUAUGAACGAAACAAGGCCCUGCUGGAGGUGGUGCACGACCUGUUUGAGGAGCAGACGUCUGUGGAGAACGCGGUGCUGAAGAUCAUGCAGCGAGCUCAGACUUUGCUUAAGGUCGAGCGGUGCUCAGUCCUUCUUCGGGACAGUACCUCCGAGAUGUGCUUCAACAAAAUAUUUGACUUGAGCUUCCCGAUCAAGAAUGGCCAUUCUCACAACAGACGCAGGCCUCUUUGUCGGCAAGAGCAAGCCAACAUGGUCUUCAGCACUUUCCCAAGGAGCGCAGACAGCUGUCACGACCUAAAGCUCGGUAACAAGAUCGCAGAACUGGUUCUGAUCACAGGAGAGACCAUCAACAUCACGGAUGCCUCACAGGACCCUCGCUUUGAUUCAGAGCUGGAUCGAGUCAGCGGGAUGCACACAAGGUCCAUUUUGUGCAAGCCAGUCCGCAAGCGCGAUGCUCAGAUCAUAGGUGUCGCGCAGGUAGUCAAUAAAGUGGACGGCCAGCCGUUUGAUGAUUAUGACGACCAGCUUUUCGAGGCUUUCGUGAUUUUUUGUGGGCUGGGUAUCAACAACUGCCAGCUGUACGAAGAAGUGUCUCUGUCGGCGGCUCGCCAAGCUGUCGCCUUGGAGGUGUUGUCAUACCACACCUCAGCGCCUUCAGACGAGGUUUCGAAGAUCAAAUCUCAGCGCAUACCGGAAGCGUACGAGUGGCGCCUCCCUGAACUCAACUUCAACGACUUCAGUCUGGACAGGGACCAGAUGAUGCUCGCUGCGGCCCGCAUCUUCUACGACUUGGGUCUUAUCCGGAAACUCCGCUUGGACUACGAAACCCUGUGUCGGUGGCUGCUAACCGUUCGGCGGAACUACCGCAACGUGGCUUACCACAACUGGCGCCAUGCUUUCAACGUGUGUCAAGUCAUGUUUGCCACCAUGAUGAAGUGCAACACGAGGCGCCACUUGACGGACAACGAGGUGUUGGCGCUGAUAGUCGGUUGCCUGUGUCAUGACCUGGACCACCGUGGCACCAACAACGCCUUUCAACACAAAUCCAGCUCCGCUCUGUGCCAACUCUACGGAACCAAGGCAACACUGGAGCACCACCACUUCAACCACGCCAUCAUGAUCCUCAACAGCGAGGGUCACAACCUUCUUGCCAACCUGGGGUCAGAGGACUACGCUGACGUCAUCAACCUACUGAAACAAGCCAUCCUUGCUACAGACCUUUCUAUCCACAUACAGAUACGACAAAAGUUCUUCGCUAUGGUGGACGCCGGUCAGAGGUCGUGGGACGACCGAGAAUCGAAGGAGAUUUACCGCAGCAUGUUGAUGACAGCCUGCGACAUCGCCGCCAUCACCAAACCCUGGGACGUCCAGCGACGGGCUGCUGAUCUGGUCGUAACGGAGUUCUUCGAUCAAGGAGACAAGGAGAAAAACGAGUUAAAACUCCAACCUCAGGCUUGUAUGGACAGAGAGAAACAAGAUGAGGUGGCCAGCUUGCAGCUUGCAUGGAUAGACGGCAUCUGCCUUCCUCUUUACAAGGCCCUGAGCAAGAUGGAGUGCUCCUUUCGACCAAUGCUGGAAGGUGUUCUCAACAACAGGGCACGCUGGGAGCACAUGGACGCCGAGCGCCUUAGCAAGCACGCCAUCUUGGAGACGGGGGUGUGACGUCACAUCCUCUUUCUGGCGCUUAGUGAACAGACACACGUAACAUUGUAUACUCGCGUAGUUGUUGAAGGGCGCGCAUGACGUCACAUCCUCCAUGCAUAGUCUUUUUUUUUUUUUUUUUUGAAAAGACAUGUGACCGAAAUGAUGGUCAGAAUCCGAGAACUUCGUUUCCGCUGAGCUUGUUGCAUGCGCCAGAGCCCAGUAAGAAAAGCAUGGACGUUCUGACCGAGUGUUGCUGGGCGCCUGCGCGAUGCUGCGCUUAUUUAUUAUUUAUUUCUAAUGAGGAAUGCUGAUAUUGUGUGCCUCGCCAAAGCCUUGAAGCAGCCCCCAUGGCUCAAGAAGUGAUGCUGCUCGAUACAGUCAAGCAGGAAGGAUAAUAGGAUGGAGCAGCUUGCAUCCAAGAAACGUCUCUUAUUCUUAUCUUCUUGUUGACGGGUGUGUGUGUGUGGGCUUGUGUAAGCCUGGGCGCAUACUUCAGCAGGACUCAAGCCAUGUGGUCGUGCUACUGCAGGUAGGAGCAUCGCUUGCCGCCUUUCAACAAGAGCAACAGUUUCUAGAGCAGUCAAUAGCCUAUACCACGCAUAACCCAGGAAUAACUGAGCUGCUACAACACAAGUUAUUUUGGUCAAUAAGGGUGUAGACAUGGACUAAGUAUAAAGCUACCUUGAAGGUAGCUGUGGACUAAGUAAGGCCACCUCAGCAACAGCUAAAUACUGGAAACGCCCCCACCUCCAAACUCCACCCGCAACAAAGACCUUAGAGGUACAAACCUUCCUGGAUAGAGGGUAGGGGUUAUGGAGGCUAGGUUUGUAAGAGAAAAUGUUUCGGCCUGAUUCUAUGAAAUCGUUAAAUUUUGGAUGAUGUAAAAUCACCUGACUGUGUGCACGCCUCUUCCCAUAAGGCAGGAGAGGAUGAGAGCGGCAAAUUUUGCAUGUUUUGUGAAUGUUUAUCAGGUAACGUUGAGCGCAUAGUCUUCACGAGGAACGCGAAAUUGUUGACCACAUGCUGCACCACAGUCACCCUAUGUAUGACAACCCAUCAAUGACAGUGUCAUGAGUUAAUAGUAUCAAAGCUUGUUUCCUGUUCACCAUGGAAACAGACUUUACUGAGUUUGAGCUUUGUCUAUUAAAAAAACACACACACAUACAUAUAUGAUAAACAGCUCUUGUUAAGGCCAGUUGAUUUCUGGCACCUUUUGCUGUUUCGCAGUCAUUUAAAACAUUAGACAGUUUCAGAAACUUUUGUGAUUGAGACCCUGGAAAUCCUGUUAGGGGAAAUACAAGAAACCUACAAGAAAGCAGUUUCCACAAUGGGUGAUUAAGCAAAACAGCAGGAAAUUUGCAUACAUGCCCAUGCACACAGAAAGAGAGGGAUACUUACAAUUGUUUUAUCUUCGCAUCAAAUUUUAGUGCAUACAAAUGUACGUUUCCACAUAAACAUUCUUCUGCAAAAGUACCGAAUCUUUGUCAGUUGCCUAUGAUAAAUGUUCUUCCUGUCGGAAUAAAUAAAAUUUUAUGGUAGAAAA